ACGAUUUCAGUUCGUGUUCAAAUUUCUAUUUCAGACAAACGAACGUAAAAUAUCAUAACGUCAUGAAUGAAUUUAAGGAGCCAGAGGAAUCGUACAAAUUUUUCAAAUAUGCUGAUCCAGAACCAGGCGAAGAAGUUGUUAUUUCUGGAAUCGCUGGUAGAUUUCCAAAAUCCAACAAUUUGUAUGAAUUGAAAAAUAAUAUUUUUAAUCGCGAAGAUUGUAUCACAGAUAACGGAAUAAAUACAGAGAAUUCAGAAAUUCCACGACGAACGGGGAAAAUUAACAAUAUUGAGAAAUUCGAUGCAUUAUUUUUUGACGUCGAUUUUAAAGGAGCACAUACUAUGGAUCCUAUGGGAAGAAUAUUGUUCGAACAUACUUAUGAAGCUAUUGUAGAUGCUGGAAUUCAUCCAAAAGAUCUUCGUGGAACGAGGACAGGUGUAUUCUUGGGUUCAUGCUUCUCCGAUGCCGAGAAAACUUGGUUUUACGACAAACUCCAGAUAAAUGGCUUUGGUAUCAUAAGCUGUAGCAAAGCUUUUAUGGCCAACAGAAUUUCGCAUUGGUUGGGUGUCACUGGACCAACAUAUAACAUUGAUACCGCGUGCAGCUCAAGUCUAUUUGCGAUGGAACACGCGUAUAGAGCUAUACAUAACGGACAAUGCGAUUACGCAAUCGUCGCUGGAUCAAAUCUUUGCCUUCAUCCAUACGUAACUUUGCAAUUUAAACGUUUAGGAAUAUUGUCUGAGGAUGGUCGUUGCAAGUGUUUCGACGAAGAUGCAGAUGGUUAUGUGCGCAGCGAAGCCGUAGUUGUUGCAUUUCUGCAAAAAGGAAAAAAUGCUAAAAGAAUCUAUGCAACAGUUAUCCACGCGAAAACAAAUUGCGAUGGUUAUAAGGAACAGGGAAUAACAUUUCCUUCUAGCCAAAUUCAGAGUACUCUUUUCAAAGAAUUCUACGAUGAAUGCGGUGUACCAACAGCUAGUAUACCUUACAUCGAAGCUCAUGGUACAGGAACUAAAGUCGGUGAUCCUGAAGAAAUAAAUGCUAUAGAUCAGAUUUUCACGAAAAACAGAACAAAUCCUCUUAAAGUUGGUUCCAUCAAAUCAAAUUUGGGUCAUACCGAACCAGCCAGUGGAAUGUGCUCCAUUGCUAAGGCGAUAAUAUCGAUGGAGUUAGGCCUAAUACCCCCAAAUAUCAAUCUUAAUCAACUACGCCAGGACGUAAAAGCUUUUACAGAAAGGAGAAUCAUGGUUGUUACCGAAACGUCUCCGCUUGAUGGGGAAUACAUAGCCAUUAACUCUUUUGGCUUUGGUGGUGCUAAUGCUCACAUUUUACUUAAAUCAAAUCCAAAAAGAAAGGUCAGUAAAGGAUUCCCAGAUGACGAUUUGCCAAGACUCGUAACUGUUUCUGGACGUACUGAAGAAGCAGUAGUAACCUUAUUAAAUGAUAUCGAUAAUCGACCCAUAGACGUCGAAUUUAUUCGUCUCCUUCAUGAUGUUUAUCUCAAAGGAACAACAGGUCAUUUAUAUCGGGGAUACACGAUAAUCAGUUCUAAAUCGUCUGACGAAAAGCUGAGAGAGAUUGAAAAUUAUUCUGGUAUAAAAAAACCAAUAGUGUUUGUUUUUUCUGAAAUGGGAUCGCAUUGGUCUGGAAUGGCUCAAAGUCUAAUGAGAUUCACUAUAUUUGCUAAAGCUAUAGAGAAGUGCGAUUCUGUAUUAAAGCAAUGUAAUUUGAAUAUUUAUAAAAUUUUAACUGAAAAAGAUAAUACCAUGUUCGAUAAUAUCUUGCACUCGAUCAUCGGAACUGCUGCGGUUCAGAUCGGCUUGGUAGAUCUUUUAACUUCCGUAGGUGUAGUACCAGACUACAUCAUCGGAUAUUCCAUUGGUGAACUUGGUUGCGCCUACGCAGAUGGAUGUUUUACAGCAGAGGAAAUGAUAUUAGCAGCAUAUUCGCGAGGAAUGGCCUUGAUAGAAACAAAAAUAUCUCAUGGUUCUAUGGCAACGGUAGAGCUUUCUUAUAAAGACCUGAAGAAUUUCUGUCCUGCUGAUAUCGACAUCGCAUGUCACAAUGGAACUAAAAGUACAACUGUUAGCGGACCGACAGAUUCUGUGAAGAAAUUCGUUAAAAAAUUACAGGAAACUGAAGUUAUCGUGGAAGAGGUACCGUGCAAUAAUAUACCUUAUCAUAGCCGUUAUAUCGCACCAGUUGGAUCGAAACUUUUUGUAUAUUUAAAAAAAGUGAUACCAGCAGCGAAGCCACGAAGUAACAAAUGGCUCAGUACAUCGGUGCCACGAAAAGCGUGGUCGACAUCAGUCGCAAAAUUCUCGUCAGCUGAGUAUCAUACCAAUAACAUGUUGAAACCAGUACUAUUUGAGGAAACAUUAGCUCUGAUUCCCGACAAUGUUGUGACGAUUGAAAUUGGAUUGCAAAAUCUACUACAAGAGACUUUAAGAAAAUCAUUGCAACCAACCGAAAGGAAUAUUGCAUUAAAUCAUCUAAGAGAUAAAGAUAACGUGGUCAUUUUUCUACAAGCAUUAGGGAAGCUUUAUAACAGCGGUAUACAGCUUGAUCUUGCUAAAUUAUAUCCACACGUAGAAUAUCCAGUCAGUCGAGGUACUCCAAUGAUAUCCCCACUCAUUAGAUGGAAACAUUCAGACGACUGGUUUGUAACAGAUUUCAAAAGACAAGAGAGAAUUGAUUCUGGCGAACAAAUAUUUGAAAUAUCGAUCGAUUACGAGGAAUUUCAGUAUGUUAGUGGUCACGUGAUCGAUGGCAGAAAUUUGUUUCCAGCGACAGGAUAUUUAUGUUUGGUUUGGCAAACUUUCGGCAUGAUGAUAGGACAAUUGUACACGGAACUAUCUAUUGUCAUUGAAAAUGUAAAGUUUAAUCGAGCUAACACGAUUCCGAAAGAAGGCAAACUUGUAAUGAUCGUCAUGAUUCAAAAAGGCAGUGGUAAUUUCGAAGUAGUCGAAGGAGGUCUUGCUAUUGUUACUGGAUCGAUUCGUGUUGCAACAAACUUGUUGAAAGAGAAAAUACCCCUUGAUCUGAUAAAAGCAAAUAUUGACAGUGAGGAGGAAGAAUUAGAUGCGAAAGAUAUCUAUAAAGAGCUGAAACUACGUGGUUACCAAUAUAGCGGUCUCUUUCGAAGUUUAAACAGUGCCUCAGUUUCGGGAAAAAAAGGACAUGUCGAAUGGAAAAAUAAUUGGGUAGCGUUCCUGGAUAACAUAUUGCAGAUGAAAAUUCUCGCUAUAGAUACCCGAGGUUUAUUCGUACCGACUGGAAUUCGAAAAUUGAUAAUAGACACUAAAGCUCAUCAACGAUAUCUGCAAAGUUUGACAACCAAUAAAAAAUAUGUACCUGUACAAUUACUUGAGCAAAUUAAUGUGAUUGUAACAGAGGGUGUGGAAAUUCAUAAUAUUAGGGCCAGUGAGAUUGCUCGGAAGAAACCUGUCAGUGAUCCAAUUAUCGAAGAACAUAAAUUCAUUGCUUAUCGUGACAGAAGGGAAAUGUCAUUACGAGAAAUAUUAACGUUAUCAAUGCAUAUUACUCUUGAGAAUAUACCAAUGACGAAAGUGAAAACAAUAGAACUCAUUGAGGAUAAUGACAAUAUACCAACGAAGAAACUUGUUUCUCCAUUAUUGAGAGACAUUCUAGCCAAUUUACCUUUGAUCCAAGCAAGCAUUAAAUUAUAUGCACCACCAAAGAAAUUUGACGAAGAAGACAACAUUCUUAAAAAUGUUGAAAUAUUAGAAUCGAAGGAAGUACGAACAGAUGAUAUAGCGGUAUUAGCAGUUGGAUGUCGUUUAUUAAACAAUGAAAAAAAAGACAGUUUAAAACAACUUUUAAAAUCUACAAAAGAUGGAGCUUUUCUUUUAUCGCGCGAAAAGGAAAAUAUACCAUUGGACUAUUCUAUUCUGAAGGAAUUUCGAUUAGGUAUAGUUUUGGAGAAACGUACUUCCGAGGAAUCGUGGAUAUUGUUAAGGAAGAUCGAGAAAAUUUCGAAAAAUAUUCUAUUUAUUAAUGUUAGGAGCAAUGAAUUUAACUGGUUGAAAGAAGUACAACAUGUGCUUGCCAAUGAAACACAAGAAGAUAACAAGAGAGUAAUACUUGUUGAGGAAGGAAACUUUGAAUCUGGUCUCUUAGGAUUCAUUAAUUGCUUACAGAAAGAACCUGGAGGCCAAAUCUUUCGAGCUGUUUUAAUUCAGGAUCUUAAAGCCCCGAAAUUUUCUUUAGAAUUGUCCCUUUAUUCGGAACAACUCGAAACCGAUCUUGUCAUCAAUGUUUUACGACCAGGAAACGUAUGGGGAUCAUAUAGACAUCAACUACUUCCAUCCCGUGAACCAAAGCUUAUGUAUCAUGCCUUCGUUAAUCAGUUGUCACGCGGAGAUUUAAAUUCAUUAUAUUGGCUCGAAGGACCAAUUACGAAGGACUAUCAAAAGGAAGAUCUUGUUCGCAUUCAUUAUGCAUCGUUGAACUUUAAAGACGUGAUGAUAGCAACAGGUAAAAUAGGAUUAGGUGUGUUUCAACAGGACAGAAAAGAUGGUGACUGUGUACUUGGAUUUGAAUAUAGUGGAAUCAGUAUUGGUGGUCGACGUAUUAUGGGACUUAAUCCAAACAAAUGCUUAUCAAAUCUUUGCCAAAUGGACGACGUUUUUUCUUGGACCGUACCUGAAAAUUGGAGUUUGGAAGAUGCAACGACAGUUCCAUGCAUAUAUGUCACAUGUAUUGGUGCGCUUUAUAUUAACGGAGAAAUGAAAAAGGGUGAUAAAAUACUUAUCCACUCUGGUGCUGGUGGUGUUGGCCAAGCUGCGAUUACCUUAGCUCUUCACGAAGGCUGUGAAGUAUUUACUACCGUUGGUACACCAGAAAAACGUAAAUUUAUUAAAGAAACAUUUCUCAGUAUCGAUGAUAAUCAUAUUGGAAAUUCUCGAGAUACUAGCUUCGAACAAAUGAUUUUGCAAGAAACCGACGGUAGAGGUGUAGAUAUAGUUCUAAAUUCUUUAGCGGAAGAAAAACUUCAGGCAUCUCUGCGUUGCUUAGCUCAUGGAGGGAGAUUUUUAGAAAUCGGAAAGUUUGACUUAGCCGCAGAUAAUCCGUUAGACAUCGAUAUCUUUUCGAAGGAGAUCAGUUUUCACGCUGUAAUGUUAGAUCAAAUUAUAAUUACCAACGAUGGAAUCAGAAAUGAAAUAAGUUCAAAAGUAAACAAACUCCUUAAGGAAAAUGCAAUCAAACCGAUUGUAAGAACAAUCUUCGGCAAAGAUCAAAUAGAGAAAGCUUUUAGAUUCAUGGCUGCUGGUAAACAUAUUGGAAAAGUACUAAUAAAGAUACGCGAAGAGAAUGAACAACUGAAUACUCCCAUCUUGGCUGAACCUUAUUAUAGAUGUUUCCCGAACAAAAGUUAUAUAAUUAUUGGCGGCUUGGGUGGCUUUGGUUUAGAAUUAAUCGAUUGGUUGGUUCUUCGAAAUGCUAAAAAUAUUGUCAUUACUUCGCGAAACGGCAUAAAGAAUGGUUAUCAACAAAUGAGAAUUAAGACAUGGGAAUCAUACGGCGUGAAUAUUAAGAUCCUUGUCGGUCUCGAUGCGGCUAAACAAGAAGAUUGCGAGCUUAUAGUAAAAUCAGCAAUAGAUAAAGGUCCCGUCGAUGGUAUAUUUAACCUCGCGGUUUCUUUGAAGGACAGUAUUUGUCGUAACCAAACAAUGAAAACUUUUGAAGAAUGUUUCAAGGGAAAGGCCUGGGCAACGAAACAUUUGGACGAAGUCACUAGAAAGCUUUGUCCAGAUCUUCGGCACUUCGUAGUUUUCUCUUCCGUCUCGUGCGGAAGAGGAAAUGCUGGCCAAACGAAUUAUGGUAUGGCUAAUUCCGUUAUGGAAAGAAUAUGUGAAAAGAGAGUAGAAGAAGGUUUGCCUGGAUUAGCUAUUCAAUGGGGAGCGAUUGGAGACGUCGGUCUUGUCGCGGACAUGCAGGAUAACGAUAAAGAACUUGUUAUUGGCGGUACUCUACAGCAAAAAAUAACAUCAUGUUUAGAAGAAAUGAAUCGAUUUUUGGUACAGGAUAAACCUAUAGUUGCUAGUAUGAUAGUCGCUGAAAAACGAUUAGAUGGCGAUUGUGUGGACAAUGUCAUAAAUGCUGUCUUAAAAAUUAUGUGUAUUAAAGACUUGAAGAGUAUCAAUCAAGAAACUUCCUUGGCUGAACUUGGAAUGGAUUCUAUGAUGGGUGUGGAAAUAAAACAAACUUUAGAGCGCGAGUAUGAAAUAUAUCUCAACGCGGAAGAUAUUCGCAACUUAAACUUUGCCAAACUUGUGGAAAUAAAUAAUAAGCAGACAGGUGAUAGUAAUUCUAUUGAAAUUGCAACCGAGAAAAUAUUAUUUGGUACAAAAGUAUUAACGCAAUUGUUCGGCGAAAAACUUUCCACCGAAGAAAUUAUUUCCCUUAAAACUAAUCCAGAGGAAGGUCGGGGCGAGAUAUUCUUCAUUCCAGGUAUUGAAGGCUAUGGUAUCAUUUUCAAAACAUUAGAAUCGAAAAUCAAGUCGCCAGCAACAUGUUUCCAACUAGGGACAAAUUAUGAAUUAAAAACUAUAGAAGAAAUGGCCCUUUCAUUUCUACCGCAUAUAAUAGAGAAACUUAAAGAUCGAGAACAUUUUACUUUAGUGGGAUACUCAUUCGGAUCGCUCAUAACAAUUGAACUCACACGACAAUUAGAAGCCAAAGGAUUUAAAGGCCGGCUAAUUUUGAUAGACGGUGCUCCUGAACUAAUGAAAGAACUUGUAAACCAACAGUUACAAUCGUCAUCGGAGGAAGAGCUACAAAACAAUAUUUUUAUUUUAUUGGCGAAAACAUUAACAUCUAUUAAUAUUGAACAGCUUGUAAUUAAAUUAGGAAAAUUCAAAUCGUGGGAUGAGAAAAUAAAUGCAUUCUUUAAUGUAUUGCCUACCGAACAUAAGCGAUUAUAUUUGGAACGGGAUCAAAAAAACGCCAUCUUGUCAUUUUAUGUGAGACUGCAAGCAUGCAUGAAAUAUAAUCCAGAACCAAUACCAUAUAUAAGAACACCAAUCAUAUUGUUUAAAGCGAUAUUAUCGUCUGUAAAACAUAUCUCGUAUGAUUAUGGACUACAAAAAAUAACUGACGGUAAAGUAGAAGUACGUCUUAUUGACGGCAAUCAUGCCACGAUGUUAGAGAACAGUGAAAUUGCAAUAGCGAUUAAUUGUGAAUCGCUUAAGCAGAAUUAAUAAAAAUUAAAUGAUAUAAAGUAAUAUAUAUUUACAUAUACAUUUGCUUCUCGUUUAGUUUCAUUCGCAGAAGUAAUAAAAAUUAACUUCGUCAAUACUUUUUACUUAUAUAGUUAAUCCACUAAUAGGAUAUUGCGACACAAACAAUGCGUAAUUUUACAUUAUUAUUAUAAACUUGAUCUUAUUCAGUUUUUUUAUUUCAGAUUACUUGCGUAUUUUUACUUUG